AUGGACCUUCGAUGUGCACUAGAAGAGUGCACAUUAGCUCUGAACUUAUUUCUAAACAACAAAUUUUCAGAAGCUCUGGAAUUAUUACGCCCUUGGGCUAAAGACAGCAUAUAUCAUGCUCUUGGAUACAGCACUAUCUUGGUUAUGCAGGCAGCGAUGACAUUUGAACCACAGGAUAUUCAAAUGGGAAUUGGUACGAUGAAGGAGGCUUUACAGACCUGUCAGAGAUUCAGAAAAAGAAAUUCUGUGGUAGAAUCUUUAUCUAAUUUAGUGUCCAAACAAACCGGAGAGCAACUUUCUGAAGAGGAAAUGCAUGCUGAGAUCUGCUAUGCAGAAUGCCUCCUUCAGAAGGCAGCCUUGACAUUUGUGCAGGAUGAAAACAUGAUCAAUUUUAUCAAAGGUGGACUCAAAAUCAGGACAAGUUACCAAAUCUACAAAGAAUGCCAUCAAGUUCUUUCAGGAAUGGCCCAAGACAAAAACUCCAGUGACACUUACCAUCAGUUUGAAGGAGGUGUUAAACUGGGCAUAGGAGCCUUUAAUCUGAUGCUUUCUCUUUUACCUUCAAGGAUACUCAGGCUGUUAGAGUUCAUUGGAUUUUCUGGAAACAGGGAGCUGGGCCUUCAACAACUACGGGACGGAGCCUCUGGAACGAGUCUCAGGGCAAUCCUUUGUGUCCUAACUCUUCUAUUUUAUCAUACUUAUGUAUCAUUAAUACUUGGAACUGGUGAAGGUAAUCUUGAAGAAGCAGAGGCACUUAUUGAACCCUACCUCAAGAAGUUCCCAAAUGGAUCUAUAAUUCUUUUCUAUACUGCUCGAAUUGGAGUUCUUAAAGGAAACUUUGAACAGGCCCAGGUGACAUUCCAGCAAUGCAUUAAGUCUCAGCAUGAAUGGAAGCAGAUUCACCACUUGUGUUAUUGGGAGCUGAUGUGGUGCUAUACUUUCCAACAAGACUGGCUCCAGGCACACCGCUAUGCUGACCUACUCAGCAAGGAAAGCAAGUGGUCGAAGGCAAUUUAUGUAUUCCAAAAAGCUGCAAUCCUAAGCAUGCUGCCCGAAGAUGCUGUUGCAAGCACAGGAGAGGAUAUAGUUGCCUUGUUCAGACAAGUAGAAGGUCUCAAGCAAAGAAUCGCUGGGAAGUCCAUCCCUACAGAAAAGUUUGCAGUCAGAAAGUCUAGAAGAUAUUCAGCUGCUAACCCUGUAAAACUGACCUUGCCAGCCUUGGAAAUGAUGUAUGUGUGGAAUGGCUUCACAAUAGUAGGGAGGAGGGCUGACCUCACAGAAAACCUCCUGGUUACAAUUGAGAAAGCAGAAACUGCUUUGCAAAAUGAAAAAAAUCCAAGCGAAUACUAUGGAGAUGACCAGUGCCUUGUUCAGUUGUUAAAAGGUCUUUGCUUGAAACAUCUGGGUAGAUUAUUACAAGCAGAGCUUUGCUUCAAUCAAGUCAUCCAGAGUGAAAAGAGACUGAAGUAUGACCACUAUUUAAUCCCAUUUUCUUACUACGAAUUGGGGCUGUUAUACAAGCAACAAGGAGACAAAGAUAAAGCCAUAAGGUUUAUUGAAACUGCAAAAAACAAUUACAAGGAUUACUCCAUGGAAUCACGGCUUCAUUUUCGAAUCCAUGCAGCACUCAGCAGUCUUAAAGGCACCCCUCCAUCCACUCCACCAUGA